ACCACAGCCAUCUCCAUCUGCCUCAGAAAAUCAUCUUUCUUUCUCUCUAUCUCUUUCUCUCGCUGUGUCUCUUUUUAGUGUGUGUUGUGCGUGUUUUUCUGCAGUAGUAAAAAGGAACUCUGAGAAUGGCUUCUUCAUCAUCAACUAUACUAGCCGGUUCUUGCCUCCUCUGCUUCUUCUUCUUCAGCUUCUCUGAAGCUGACAGAGACCUUCUUGUUGGUGGCAAGCCAGAUUCCUGGCAAAUCCCUUCUUCCAAAUCAGAUCAUCUCAACAAUUGGUCUCAAAAAGCACGUUUCGUCAUUGGUGAUUCUCUAGUAUGGAAUUAUGAUGGAACAAAAGACUCUGUUUUACUGGUGAACAAGAAGGAUUAUGUGACCUGCAACACAUCAAGUCCAAUUGAAGCACACAAUGAUGGGAAUACCAAAAUUAAGCUAGACCAUUCUGGACCAUACUAUUUCAUCAGUGGAGCGCAGGGGCAUUGCGAAAAGGGCCAGAAAUUGCUUGUGGUGGUUAUAUCUGAAAGGCAUACAAGAAAAUUCAUCUCUCCAGCUCCUUCUCCUGCGGAGGAAUUUCUUCAAGGUCCAGCUGUGGCUCCUACUAGCUCUGCUUCAGGGUUCAAAGGCAGCUUGUUUAUGGUUGCUUUGGGGGCUGUGCUUUUUUGGGGCUUGUUUUGAUUUGAUUUGAUUUGAGAACCUUUUUGUCCUUUCUUUAUUUUUUGCAUUUUCGGGGUUGGGAAAUUCUUUGAUUGAAUUAUUUGGCACUGUUAUAAAAUAUCGAAUAGUUCGAAUUUGGCAA